AUGCUUUCUCAAUUUGGUCAAGACAAGGAUCAAGUGGCCUAUGCUUUCUCCACUAUUGGGUUUUUGCUAUGGGGCAUUUGGAAAGCUCGUAACAGGGCUGUGUUUACUAAUACCCUCGUGGAGCCCAUGCAAGUCAUCAUCACAGCUCACAUUGCUCAACAUGAAUACCAUCAAGCUUUUAUUGCUAGAAGGAACCGUGGUACAAUACCAGAUGUGGGAAGAAGACACAACGCUCAUUGGAAACGACCACCUAAGGGGUUUAUCAAAUGUAAUAUGGAUGCUGCUUUUCAGAACUUAAACUUCAAAGCCUCAGGAAGUAUUAUCUUAAGGGAUGAAGAAGGUUACCUUUUGACUGGCCAUACUAGAAGCUUCCCUGCUAGAUCACCACUAAUGGCGGAGGCGUUGAUCAUGCGUGAUGCUUUAGUUUUUGCACAAAGUAUGGGAUGCUCAAAUAUCAUCUUUGAAUCUGACUCUCUCCUUGUUCAAGUCUGCAGAGGAUUAAAAGAACAAGGUGAGAUUAAGAACAUUGUACAAGACAUCAGAGUUAUGAGACAAGUCUUUGAAGCUUCCGGAUUCUCCUGGACCCCGCGGGAAGGCAAUGAAGUGGCACACUUAGUUGCUAAGUUGAGCAGAGAUAAUAGGAUCCACAACACCUGGGCUUGGAAUCCUCCCCACGCAGUGCUAGUUGCUUUGAACAAGGACAAAUAUCUUUCCUUGGCUGCCCCUCAAUGGACCUUCCCCCUGCUCCAACCUCUAUCCCGCCCUCCUCCCAGGCCUGGAGAGGGAUAA